CGUUACUCCACAGUCUUGACACCUGCACGUAUUGUCAAGAUGGGACUGAGCUCAAUGCUUAGAAGUGCCCUGCUCAUUCUGCCCCUGCCAUUCCUCCUAAAACGCUUCCAGUACUGCCGCUCCCAUGUGCUGGCCCAUGCCUAUUGUCUGCACCUAGAGAUCAUGAAGCUGGCCUGCUCGAACAUCAUUGUCAAUCACAUAUAUGGGCUCUUUGUUGUGGCCUGCACUGUUGGUGUGGAUUCACUGCUCAUCUUCCUCUCCUAUGCCCUCAUCCUCCGCACCGUGCUAAGCAUUGCCUCUCGCCAGGAGCGACUUCGGGCCCUCAACACCUGCGUCUCCCACAUCUGUGCCGUGCUACUCUUCUAUAUCCCCAUGAUUGGCUUAUCUCUUGUGCACCGCUUUGGCGAACAUCUGCCCCGUAUUGUACACCUCCUCAUGUCUUACGUGUAUCUGCUGGUCCCACCUCUAAUGAACCCCAUUGUCUACAGUAUCAAGACCAAACAAAUCCGUAUCCGCAUUGCUAAGAAGCUUGAUAUUCUAAAAUCCCUUAGGUGUUUUCGAUAG